AAAAUUUUCAACACUAUGAGUGACGGCCGAAAACGAUUAAGUGGAGCGCAAUACAACACGCUUGCUGAGGAAAAGCGGAGAAAACUUCAUGCAGUUUUAGACAAAACAAAAAAAUUAAACAACUAUUUUUUAAUUAAACCUACAACUACAACUUCCAAAGCGCAAACACAUGAUUCGGAUUCGGAAUCGGAGACUGUUACUGCUGUGUCUGCUGUACCUAUACCACCAGAUAAUGCGGAAGCGAUGGACACGGAGCCAAGUGAGAGGUCAGAAUCUAAAAUAGAAGCAUCUGCAUGUGCAUCAGCUUCAGUAAAUCCACAAUGUUUACAAGCAGUUAUCAGUAACGACCCUGCCGAAUGGAAGGCCAACGAUGCUACUAUCGAUUAUUUGUUGUCCUUACCAAAUGAAAUAUGCCAAAAUACAGAUGAGGAUUUUUCACUAACAAAAACUGUUAUUGGCAAUAAGACACGGUAUCUUACUAAGAACGUUUUCCGUCGGAAACUUGCCAAUGAGGAAGAACAACCUCGUAGAUACUUAAUAUAUUCACCAUCAAAGAAAUCCCUGUUUUGCAUUCCAUGUCGUCUUUUCGGAGGAACCUCAAAAAUGGCCACUGAUGGCGUAAAUGAUUGGAGUAAUGAAAAUAAAAUUUUGAAUUUACAUGAAAACUCCCACGAACACGCCAAAUCCCAAGUAACCUUAUUGCGGCGUCAACAAAAGCAAAACCAAAUUGAUUCAUUGCUGUGUCAGCAAAUAAGACUCGAAGAAGAUUACUGGCGAAAAGUGUUAAAGCGGGUGGUUGCAGUGACUAAAAAUUGGCUUCCAGAGGUUUACCGUUUAGAGGAACAGUUGAAAAAUUCGGCAAUCCAAACAACGGAAACUUCAUGAUGUGUCUGGAGCU